GGAAGAUUUUGACCCCUGAUAUGUCGUUUGAGGAGGCGAAGAUUACCAACAAUGCGAAGAUUAUGCUCAUGGCAACGGCUGGAGUGCAUCAAGGGGCUGGUGGCAACCAUUACACUCUCGGACAAUCAGCAAGCCACAGAUACGGCAGAGGACUGCAACGGUCGGUUGCAGCGCCAUCGCCGGUCGCUCUGGGGCAAGAGAAGGCCAGACAACGGAUGUGGGUGCAGACAGGAAUCGUGUCUUUAAGAGAUAGUAACUUGCAGGUUGUUCCGGGGGCUGUGUGGGUUGCGGGUCCCGCUCUACGUGUUCUGGAUCUGGGUGGCAACAGCCUGAGGAUCUUCCCGCCAGCUGUAACAGCUUUGACCAACCUCCAGAGGCUACGUCUGAGCCACAACUCGCUGACAGAAAACACCAUUGCCUGGGAAGCCCUGACUCGCCUCCCGAACCUCAUGGCUCUUGCGCUCGACCACAACCAAAUAGGGCUCAUUCCGUCCAUCAUCGGCCAGCUCUCCUCUCUGAAGCGCCUUGCUCUCAGCCACAACGCCCUCUCCUCCCUGCCGCCAGAGAUUGGCCAGCUUAAGAACCUAGAGUGGAUUGAUGCUGCUCAUAACAGGUUGGGGAUCAUCCCAUCUUCCAUGGCAGAAUGCACGUCUCUUGCAGAGGCCAAUUUCUCUGCAAACUUCAUCUGCCACGUGCCAGCUGCUCUGGGUAGACUCACCAAUCUGAAGAUUCUGCUGCUGAGCAACAAUGCAAUCAAGAAUUUUCCCUCAGAGGUGCUAACAGGGUGCACGGAGCUCUUCACUCUCUCCCUGCAUGGGAACCAAAUCACCAUUGACCAACUGCGCGAG